CCCGGGUGACCGCAAACGACAACGACAUUCUACACAGCACCCGCCUCCGAUCGGAAGCGCGUACUAAUACGCACGCGCGGUUGAAAUAAAAGAUACAAAAAGUAAACAUUUUGCGUGUAAUUUCAACCUCACUCUAGACGAAACCGCACAUCACAACGACAAAAUAGACCUAAACUGAAAGGGAGCAGUUUAUCUGGGGUUUUGGUCAUUAAGCUUGAUGUCAUAACUGGGCAGAAAAUUCAGAUCCCAUCAUUAAAGGGACGAGGUCCCUUUGUCCGUCAGCAUAUCAAUUACAGUAUUGGAAAUGCAUUCUUUUUUCAUCAUCCGCAUUCAAGUUCCUGUGGCAUACACAGCAUUGACAUUAACCCCAGUGGGACAUUGUUAGCAACUGGGGGAGAUAAUCCUAAUGAAGUAGCUGUUUACAAGCUACCGAACUUUGAGCCUGUUUGUGUUGGCGAAAAUUGUCAUGAAGAUUGGAUUUUCGAUAUUACAUGGCUGGAUGAUGAGUUUCUUAUAACAGGUGGUCGUGAUGGUAAUUUAGGAUUAUUUCAGGUCACGAAUGAUAUACAGGAACGUGCUUAUCGUUCAGAUAGCCAAUGUUUCGUUUCACCCCAUGAGAAGAAGCAAUGCCAAGUCAGUCAAAAAGUACGAGCCAUCAAAUUUAACAGAAAGACUAAUGAUUUAGGAGUUUUAUCACCUGACGGCCUCUUCCAUAUAUGGAAUAUGCAUCGAUUUGAGGAAUCAUUCACAAAACGUCUUGAUCAGUGUAAAGAGAACGUCUGUAUGAGCCUAUCUGAAGAUAACUCACUAUAUGCUGUAGGCUCACAGUCUCAUGUCACGUUUCUAGAUCCUCGUGAUUUGAAAACAGUUUUUGUUAUAUCAUCGUCAGAAAGAGAUAGUGGUGUACGAUCGCUGACAUUCAACAAAGAAGUGCUGACGGUCGGAACCGGGAAUGGUACAAUACUGUUCUAUGAUAUUAGGAAUAAGGCAUAUCUACAGUGUGGCUGUUCAGGUAAACCAUCAACAUUGAAGUAUAGGACAGGAGAUGGUUGGCUGGCAAGGGAUGACAUGUAUGCUGAAUUCUUUUUUAACGAACACUUCCCAAAUUCUGUGUACACGCAUUGCUACAACAGCGCAAGGACAAAGUUGUUUGCAGCUGGAGGACCAUUACCAUCAGGGCUUAGUGGAAACUAUGCAGCGUUGUGGCAAUGACGAUGGCUCUAAUCCCCAACUCAAUGCUAAUUACAGCAGGCCUAGCAACUACAAUAAAAAAGAACUUCAUUUUGAAUAUGCGGUCUGGCCAGAAUGCAGCCUUGUGCUUAAUGCCUGGCACACACUGCGUUGUACGACCAUCUGGCGACGCGAGUGCCCAGCUUGAUUUUGAAUCAAGAAAAUGAAGCAGCUAAUUCUUUAUGCAAACUUGUGCAAUCGUUCUAAUGUAACAUUAUUUAUGAAUUAAAAUUGAAGGCAUAUAAGACAAAACUUAAGCAAUUGAUAAAGAAAUGAAUGGUAAUGCUAAGGUUUCUGUAGCACUACAUAUAUCCAGAAAUAAAUGAUCUUUUAUCUGAUAAAUUCCCAUGGAAAACAGGUCUAAUAGAUUAUUACCAACUCAAAAUCAUUAAGACAUUUUGUCAGAUAAUUUUUAAUUAUGGAUUGUUUGAGCUUUGGUUUGGGUAGAUAUUUAAUUAUGAUCCAUCUGCGAAGUGUUAGCAAGAAACAUUUUUUUUCUGUUGGUGUAGUGGCAAUAAUAGCCAUUCAAAACCUGCAUAAAGAGGAGUAAAAACAAAUAUUAAACAUAAUUUCCAUUGGCAUCUGAUCUGGAAAACAGCAACAUCAAAUUAUUUGACAUUUAUUGAGUAAUUUUAAAUUGUUGUGAGAAAAAUGGCCUUAAAGGAGGCUAAAUAAUCUCUAUCAAUUACUGUAUUGUAAAAAAAGUAUUUUAAAGUUGAUAUAAAUUAAAUUUAGGGAAUAAGGUAACAUAUUUUAUUAUGAUAUUAGAAGAAUAGAUAUUAAUUUCUUUUUUAGGUUGUAAAUUGUUUUUUUCUCUUAUAUAGUUUCCUAAACCUACAUUUGCAUUAAAUAAUUGAAUUCUCAUUAUUUUUUUGGUAACUCUUGUAUGUUGUUAAUAGUUCCUGAUGUUGCAUGUGUAAAGUUUCCAGUUUAACAUAAGAUGUACAGUUGAACAUAGGUUUCUAUGAAUAUGCAAAUUUUCUAGUUUUCUAUAAGCAACCAUUGAUUUAACACAUUUUAUGCUAUUUUUAGAAAAAAAAUUUAUAACUCUCAACAUGUUUUCAUUAAUUAAUGUGAGGUACAAAUAUAUACAAUUUAGACCUAUAAUCAGUAAAACAUCAAUUAUUAACUGUGUCAUGUAUGAAACUAUCACGGGUGGUUAUGGUCAAACAUAUUUGAAUGGCUAUCAAACUGACUGACAUGCAUGGCACAUUCCAGGGAGCAGUCGUGGGCACCUGAAAGUCCUACCUUUUUAUGGAUGUUAUAUUGCUGUCAUAUGUAUAUAUAUAUCUAUAGCAUUGUUAAACAGUAAACCACAUUUUGAUAUACAGGUAGAGGUUCACUUGACAUGACAUAUUCAUACUCAAAUUCAGUGUUAACUUCUUAUAAAGUAUCUGUGGCUGCUGUUUGUAAUACAGUAUUGUGAAACCUUUUUAGAAUAUUACAUGCAUGGAAAACCUUAAAGUAAUACACAAUGGCUGUGACAAGUCCAAGAGGAAAAUCUAUGUCUUUCUUCCAAUUAGGAUUGUGCGUGUGUAUUGGGUCCUGUUAAAAUCACAAAUAUGUGGGGUAAACAACUGAAUUUUGAUUAAGUAAUACGUCAAAUUCAGUUUUCCUUAUAUUUCUAGUCUAUAAUUUUAUACAGCGCUGUUGACAACAGAA